AUGAUCAGCAGGAUCCUGAAGAGGGUCUGCGGCUUGUACCGUCAGUACAUCGGCGUUGAUGUCGAGUAUACUAGGGAAGACGAAUCUCCGCAGAGGGCAGCGGUUCUCCAGUUAUGCAUGGAGGAACUCUGUCUGGUAUACCACAUCACCGCGGUAACAAAAUGGCCCAAGAGCCUGCGCCCGUUCCUGAAGGAGGACAUGUUCUACACCUUUGCCGGCUUCAGUAUUGAAGGUGACAAAGAGAUGUUGCGAAGUUCUGGUUUGGAGAUCAACCCCGACAAGUACAUCGACAUCCAGCGCAAAUGGAGAGUUCGGUUCGAGGGAAUAAAGAGGGUUGAAGACCAUAAACUGUGGGGGAUCAGCCCACUCCGAAAUUACCUCAUCAAGUAUGCAGCGAUAGAUGCGUACGCCACCUACGAGUCUUGGAAGAGAAUUUAA